AUGAAUAUUUCAUUGAAAAACCUUAGUAUGUUUAUCAUAGUAGUUAUAUAUGUUGUCCUUAACGGCAUUCAUGGCCAGUCGUAUCAGCCGGUGAAUUUUAAACCAUCAUCUACAGGAAGACAUUUGCUUUAUUCAGAUUGGGAAAGCGCGCCGUCAUUUUAUUCACCUGGUGGUAUAACACCAGAUAAUGAACCUCGUGCUCCUAUUUACAUGGAAUUAACAAACAAUCUUACAUCUGUUAACGGAGCUUCAGGUAUAUGUGGUGUUUGUGCACGUAUAUAUCGCGUUUUGCAUAUGACUCAACUGAAUGCUGCUGAAGAAUGCCGACGUCAUCAUAAUUCGAGACAAGCAGCUUUUGGUGAUAUUACGGAAUUUUAUCACACGUUAGUGAAAAGCAGACGGUUAAAUGGAACAAUUGAAUUCCCUUUAGCAGAUAAAUUUUCAAGAUUCACUUUUAGAACUACAAUUUUGUAUUUAGCCUCUAGAGAAAAUGAACCUGGUUUAAUGAUUGAAGCUGGAUUUGAAACAAAAUAUGUACUGUGCGUUCAAUCAAUUAAAUGUCCAGCACCAAUCAUGACAACUACCACAGAACCUAUUACAACAACCACACCAUUGACGACAAUAACAACAAUAUCAACAGUUUUAAACAAUUCAGAUAAUCUAUCUAUCUUAUCAUCAUCUAAUUCACAGAGUCGUGCUGCUAACAAUUUAUUUGGCAAUAGAAAUAAUGAACGUAGUGGUUCUGCAUUUUGGGAUGCACUUUUAUCUGGAACUGAACCGAAAGAUUGGUUUCUUGCAACCGUUUCUUUGGCUUGUCUAUGUCUGGUACUCAUAAUCGUACUUAUUAUAACAUGGUUGUAUAUAUGUCGCAUCCGUAGGCUGUAUAGUCGAAGGCGUUGCCAAGGUACAUGUCGUUUUGGAUGUCGUUGUCCACCGGAGGUUGUUCGUCAAAUGGCCGCAGAGGCAGCGGUAUGUGGCCCUUUAGGGCUACAGACGCACCAGCCAUUUAUAAAUACAAUGUCACCACAUGGAAAUGGUUCUGUCAAAAGUGGAAGUGGGUAUGGGAAUACAUUAUAUACGGGUGGGACACUGAAUUCAGGUGGAUGGGGUUCAAAUGGCAACAAGAUUGGUUCCCCACUUUAUGUGGCUUUAAGUUCUGGGGUUGAUAAAGCGACUUUAUUAAGUGCUGGAUGUAAUACACCUAACUGCAUGCUUGAGAUGUCUGGAGGUUUACAACUAACUAACACAGUAGAUGGAAGUAGUGGAACUUGGAAUCAAACAAAUGGAAAAUUUCGAAAUCCUCGUCUUCGACCAAAACGCUCAACACAGGACGCUUUAAGACGAAGUACAAGUGAAGGUUCUAGUGUUUCAGGUGUUACUGGGACCGUAGGUGCUAAUAAUAAUACUACAGGAAUAGAACAAGGUAAUUUUGUUUAUCGUCCUGGACCGGUGGUUAGUUUUUCCGAAGCAACAAUUUCAAAUAUUAUACCUGCUAUGGUUGUAAGUAACACUAAUGCAGGUCAACAUGGAACUGAAUCAACAACAACUGUCUAUCUUCAAACUUGUCCAAAUGGAUAUAAUUAUUCAGAUAGUGGUAGAGGCAGUGGUAUCAGUCCAGGCUAUUCACAUUCACCGACACAUGUGAAUAAUCGAAAAGUUAACGAUGGAACAUAUUUCAAUAAUAGUAACAAUAAUAAUGUUACUAACGCCAAUAAUAAUAAUCAAAACAAUCUUCAAAAUGGUUUCGUUAAUUCCAAUAGUCCAAUAAAUAUGGAUGAUGUUGAAAGCAGAUGUGAUAUGAAUUAUUUAGGCAAUCAAGCAAAUAAAAUUUUAUCCAGUUUACAAUCGGAUCAUUGUACGAACUUCAAUGGUUUUAGUUCAGAUCCUCACAACAUAGCAAUGCAUCAUUUAAAUCGUGAUUCUGAAGGGGAUUUUGUAAAUAUCACACCACCAUCAGGAUUUUAUGAUUUUAAUAACAAUACCAAUAAUAAUAAUAGUAACGAUGUAAUUGUAAAUUCUGAUUCUGGUUAUUUGGGAAAUUCAUCUCGUCAGCAAUCACAGACUUUUCAUCAAAAUCGUUUGAUAACUAGUCCAAAUAGUUUUGGACGACAAUUAUUCAAUCAACUAUCUCCAUCAAUUGUAGUACCACCGUCACAGUCAUUUAUUAAUUCUUCUUGUAUCAAUGACAGUAUUACAACUACAUCUUCUUUAUAUCCAUCCAGUCAGGCAGAAUGGCAUAAUACUACUUUAUCACUUAACAAGUUUAAUUUACAAAAUGGUGAAAUGAUCGGUAGUCUGGAUGAUGAAUAUGUCAAUGGUUAUUCAACAGAAGUUAGUAAUACAGGAACUGCAUCUAGAAUGCGCAAAUAUAUUACACCUAAUUAUAAUAAUAGUAAUGGUGGCAGUGGAACACGACCGUUAGUUUCACGUCCCCAGUUCUCAGAUUCUUUACAUUCUGGAGUUAACUAUCAUCAAAAUUCAUAUGCAAAUGAAAGCAAUUCUAUGACAAUCAAUAAUAGAUCUUUGCAUAAUUCAAAUGAUGCUACAACUCCUAAUGGAAUAUUAUCACCACCGAAAAUUGAUCAUAUAUUUACUACACUUACAUCAGAACGUAUGUUGUAA